UUGCAUUCGUAUUCAAUGGUGGAAAUUUUCAGUUUACAAAGAAUGAUUUGAGAUCCUUAAGUUGAUGUUCAUGAAACUGCUAGAUGUGAUCGUGAUCUUCUUUGUUUCUUAUUCCUUUUGUUUCCAUGUACAAUCUUUCUUACUCCAGACUUUCAUGACAGACCAUCUGCUAUCCUGAUCCUGUGACUGAUGAACUAGUGCUUUUCAGCAGCUGAGUCUAUUGUUAUGCUUGACCUAUAUCAUUGUUCCUUACAUUUCUACUCUCUAAAUUUUCUAACUCUUAGUGUGUGUCUGCUUCGCUUUCGUCAAACAGGGGUGAAACUGAGACUGAAGAUGGGAUGGUGGCAUGGCCUGUCAAUUGAGGAAUCAACUACAGAUUCACUUUAUGGUAAAUAGUUUUGCUUUGUAGGUUUAAUGUGUAUUUAUGGAGGAUAUAUAUCUAAAGUAUAAGCUUCAAAGAUUGGAUAGGGCUUAUCACCUCUGCAUAGGAGUAUGCCCCUGACAUAACUGUAGCACAUACGCACACCUCUUGUUAUUAUGUGUCUGCAUUUUGGACUUCGCUGGCAGAUGUUUGUAGAAAAGCCAGAAAGGUCGUAGCAAUUUUUCGUCAAGUGAUGUUGUCAAAUUUCAUAUAUCGGUACAGAUAAUGAGAGUGACCAUCCAAUUUCCUUUGACAGACCUGUCAAUGAUGAUAAUAUUUCUUCUCAAAGCUCACCUGUGAGGAACUCUCUGUUGAUAUGGCACUUGUGUACCAUUUAGUAGUUAGGAAAUUGUGUGUCUAGUGAGUUAUCUGGUAACGGAGGACCUGGAAUAGUAUAAAGCUUUAACAAUCAGAGACUAUCUGUUUGGUUCCAAGUAUAAGAUUUUUCCCCUGUGAUUUCACUUCAGAAUCUAAUGGCUGCUCUCUCUCUCCUUCCGCUAUCCUUGCCUAUGAUCCAUCCGCAGGAAAGACUGCACCUGGUUUUGGCUUUGGAGGACUAGAAGUAUAUAUAUAUUAUUUGGAUGCGGAUGUUUAUACAACAGGUUAGUAUCUCAUGAUUCUGACAGCAUCAUUUCUUGUUUGGUGAGAUGAUAAAAAGAAGCUGCAUCCUGAAUUGGACAUGGUCAAUGCAUCUGUUCCUGUUUUCCGCCUCAUAAUCCCGAAUUCUAGUCCAACCCCAAAUGGUUAGACUUGUGUAGUUGGUGAAUGAAAAACAUUUAAUCUGCCCUUGCUUUACACCUUAGGGUAAAAAACGGUUGUUGGCCUCAAGGUUCAAACUGAGAGUGUGGUGGAUGUUAUCAAGACUUUAGGGUCAUUUACUUACAAGCGAUGUGCAUCAAUUUCCUAGACUUUAAGUGAGCUAGGAGAUUUGGACAACAUGUUUCCCUGCUCUAUCGUUUACUUAAUUGUGAUAAGUUUGGAGCGUAAUUUGUAUUUCCUUGGGAUCUUGAGUUGCUCCUUCGUAAUUAACAGGGUGAAAGUAUCAUGAAGCAUUUUACAACUAUAUGACUUGUUUUCUAUUUGCUUGUUUCAAUUGCUAUCUUCAUAAUUCAGACUCGAGUCCCUGAAAGGACUCUAAUCAUGCAGAUGCAAAAGGCCCAAAUUCUGAUGUUUGUGAUUCUGUUCUGCGUCAUCUUAUGACUUUGAAGAUACUUCCGUUGAAGAAGAAGAUUCCUCGAAUUCGUUCACAGAUCAUAGCUUGUGAUGAUCAAAUGAAAGGUCAGUGGUACCUAAAGGACCUUUGUUAUGCAUGAUCAGAAGAAACUGCCUGUGAUUUGGGAAGGAAAACCUUGUCAUAAUCGUGGCAAAAUAUUAGGGGAGAAGGCUGUAAAAAGAAGCACGUCUAGCUUAACCAAACCAGAAGUCAACGUCCAGUCCAAUCUUUGAGAAGUUACCUAUCUUAAAGAUGUUGCUGCGUUUUUCAAUUUGAUUGAUCGGCUUGUAUGAGAUUCUCAGGUUCAACUCUUUAAACACUUACGUACUUUGGAUGAGCUGCCUCGAGCAUCAAAACCCUUCAAAUGGAUUGGAUCCAAUGGGUUAGUGAUAGAACUCAAGGUGAGCUCUACCUGCGAAUUAGGGAUUAGGAUCAACUAGGGCUUGAUCCGGGGGAAUUGGAAGAUGGGGAGGGAAAUUGGGACAGCACAGGGGAGGGGAAGGCUGCUGCCGCCAGCAGCAAUGAGAAGGGAGGGGAGAGUUGGCUGUCUCACAGCCGAAGAAGAGAGAGGGGAAGUGGGGUCGGCCAAAUGGAGAGGGAGGGAGAGGAAGAUUAGAAACUUUAGGCUUUUGAUUAAUUCUUUCUUAACCUUAAUCCUAACUUACAAGUAGUUUAUAUAGAAAAGGCUAAUUCCCUACUACUACCCAAUCUAUCAAUUAUUCCCGAAUAGUCCCUAUAAUCCGAAUAAUAAUAAACCGACAAAUAAUCAAAGUACUAAAAUGUAAGUUUCUAUCAGUUAGUGGAUUCAUGGAUUGUAUCAAGUGGAUUGGUGCAUUAUCGAUAAAUCCAAAUGACAUCCUCAAGUUUGGAUCAAUAUGUAAUAUGUGAAAAGUUUAAGUACUAAAAUGUCAUAAUGAAAAAAUUUAGGUACCACAACGUAAUUUUUCAAUGAUAUUUUCGUAUAAAAAAUUAAUUUUUGGGUACCAAAAUGUAAAAUAUAAAAAGUAUAGUUACCAAAUCGUAAUUUGCCAUUUGGAUCAUGAAUUCACCAAUCCAAUUGGAUUUGGAUCAAAUUGAUUGGAUUUAAAUGGAUUGGACUAGGUGGAUAUUUUUAAUGAAUUGGUGGAUUGGAUUGAAAAUUGUCACCUCUACUUGCUAUGUUUGCAGCAGAAUCCUUAUUCUUGAGAGGAAUAAAUGGGUUAAACUUCACAACUACGGGGACUAGAGGAACUAAUUGAUUAAUUGGGUAGCCUACAUUACCACUUGCGCAACCGUGUUAACACUUCUUUAACUUGACUGAUCUUUUAUUCUCUCAACAAUUAUUUAUCCAUAUUAAAAAAUCCUCUCAAAUUAAGUGAUCUAUCAGUGUGUUGUCGAUGUUCGCUCGCAGACUUGCAGAAGCGGCGAUCGUUGGAGAAGAGUUGCAUUUUGAAGAAGAGACGACAAUGACUUUAUGAGGAUGGUGAUGGCUAGAUAGAACGACGGCAGACUUGGGCGGAAGAUGUAGGAUCGGUUCAUGUUGUCGAAGUAAAUGGGUGGUUUUUUUCUCCGUACAAUUAAUUCAGGUGGAAAAUUUUUUAUGGUGUAAAUAAACACUGAUGUGUUAAGGUAAACAUACUAUCUUCCUGUCACAUCACAACAUCUUGUCUCAUCACUUCCCCUUAGUCAGAUCGACACUAUACAUGCCUGGAUAGAGAAACUUUUUGAUUUCUGUGAUUAUUUUUUAACAAGAGUUAUUGAAUAUAAAAAACUCAUUACGCGAAAUCUUAACUUUUUAUAAUGAGCUGAAGGGAUAAGUAUUGUUGGCGCAGAGGAAGCAAUAAAUUGAUGUCUAUCAG